AUGGGGUUUUCUCUUAGUAAAUCAUCUACUCAAAUAUCACCUAUGCAUAUCGAUUCAAAAGUGGAAGAUCACAUAAUGCAAAGGUCUGAGAAAUGUAAGUUGGAACUAGCAAACCGCUUAUUUCAAAAUGCAAGAUUAGAAGACCCAAAUCAACAACACUUUACAAGAAGUGAAGAUAUUGGUAUGGUAGUUCAUCCAGAGAAAGCCUUGGGCUCAGUAAUAUAUGUUAAAGAAAUUGGUGGAAUAAAAAUGACGGAUGUCAAAUGA